AUGCCAAAGGAGGACCUCACACCAUCCCACGUCUCUGCCGUCGAUGCCGACCUCAAUAAAGAUGUGGCCGAUUAUACCAAUGGCGAGCACGUUAUUCCAAAGCCCGAGAGCUUUCGCGACAUGAGCCCCGAAGAGCUUCAAAAGCUAGAGAAGAAAAUGGUUCGCAAAAUGGACGCCGUUAUCUUGCCAAUCAUGGGUGUCUUAUAUAUCCUCAACUAUGUGGACAGAAACGCGCUGGCGGCUACAAAGGUCUACGGUAUCAUGGAUGACCUAAACAUGAACACUCAGCAGUUCGCCACUGUUAUCGCAAUCCUUUUCGUCGGUUAUAUUCCCUUUCAAAUCCCUUCGAACAUGCUCAUGACAAAGGUCACACGGCCUGGAUUAUAUCUUUGCCUUGCUGCUACCGUAUGGGGCGCCAUCAGCACCUGCACCGCCGCUGUCAACACGUAUGAGGCUAUGCUUGGUGUUAGAAUUCUCCUUGGUAUCACCGAAGCCGCAUUCUUCCCAGGCAUCCUGUACUACCUCAGUGCGUGGUACACGAAGAAGGAGAUUGGCAAGCGAUACGCCGCACUCUUUAUGUUUCAGAUGGUCGGCAGUGCCUUCGGUGGCUUCAUUGCUGCAGCCUGCCUGACUCUAGAAGGGGCCCAUGGCAUCCGUGGCUGGAGAUGGCUGUUCAUUGUCGAAGGAGCUGCCACGGUCGGAUGUGGUCUCAUCUUUGCCUGCAUCAUGCCCGAAUUCCCGCACAAGGCCCGUCUGCUAAAGCCAGUGGAACGCGACUACGCAGUAUGGAGGCUGGAAGUUGAGGCAGGUGUUGGUGAGGCUCAUGAGGACGUCUCCACUCGCAAGGGCUUUGCCCUCGCCUUCAAAGACGGGAAGAUCUGGGCCUUGGUCGCAGCCAACUUUGCCACGCAGUCAGUGGGAAGCACCAACAAUUUGUUCCCGUCUAUCGUCUCGACACUUGGCUACAACAGCACCAAUACUUUGUUGCUAACCGCGCCCCCUUUCGUCCUCGCCGCCAUAAUCUUCUGGUUCACUAUGGCAUACAGCGACAAAGCGAACGUGAUCUAUCCCAUCCUCAUGGCCAAUUGCGGCUGGGGUUUGCUCGUAUACAUUGUUGCCGCAGCGACAACAAACACGGGUGCUAGAUACUUCACCAUGAUGUUCAUGCCCACCGUAUGCACGAUUCCUCAGAUCAUGUACUACAAGACCGUCAACCUGCACAUGGCUCGCCCGUUCCCCAAGCGUGCUGCUGGCGUGGCCAUGAUUAAUGCGAUCGGUGGUCUUGCCAACUUGUAUUCGAGCUAUUUGUGGUACAGUGCGCCGCACUUCUACGUCGCUUUCGGAGUCUUGCUUGGCAUGAUGUGUGCCAUCAUCGUCAUCAUGACUGCCUACCGCUUCCACGUGCUCAAGCUCAACAAGCUUCUCGACGGCACCCACGAGCAGCAGCAGAUGACCAAAAAGGCUGGUGUUACGCAGCAGCAAAUCGAUCUCGGCUGGCGUUUCAUUGGAUACUGAAGGGAUGGACUCGGCCAAGCGCAGCUUCACAUCGUUGCGACAUGCUCUUAAGGAAGCUUUGGUUCGCACUUUUAAGCUACAAGACUGAAAUGGGACGCUCUUAG